ACUAGUAAUAUUAUCUCUUCAGUUCCAUGCAUUGUUCGACAAUCUGGUCCCGAAAAGGCCAAUUGCGAGCUAUGUAAUUCUCUCCUAACCAACUUUCGUACUGCACAGAGCUUAUCCCCACCCACGGCGUCUGCAAAAAGGAAAGACUGCAGUAACACGAACGGAGUUUCAAAGUUUCCUCUACAAGUACUUGAAUCGAUUACGAGAGAUUGUGCCAGCUACUAUAUACCCACGGUCGAUUGGGCAGCUUGUAGACUAUUGGAGAAGCAAGAUCAGUAUGAGGCGAAUUUGGCUGAUGGUAAAAAGUACACAAAUGAUGCUGUAGGACUAGUACUAAAAGCAUUAAACGUGAAUUUUAUAGACCUACUCAUAGUGUCAUUCUCUAGCAACAAACUCUGGGAACAGGAUGCAGAGUCUACAUUAGUUGGUUCAACAUCUAAAUCUCGCAACGACGAAAUAGAACUUGAUACAUGGGCGGAGCUCGAAGAAUUACAUAAGCGAGGUAUCGUAAAAAGUCUCGGCGUAGCAGACUUUAGCGGUGAGAGGCUCGCAAGCUUUUUGACGCGGGUCAGGGUCCGGCCGGAGGUUAAUCAAAUCAGUGCAAAUGACUGCCUCUUUGUUGAUGCCACACUGCUGAAACUUGCCAAAAGGGAAAAAUUGGAAUUAUUCACGCAUCAAGAUUGUUCUGACAUGAUGCCGCGUGAUUCACUAGUUUGGCUUCUCGGGAACGGUAGAGGUGAAGGUGAUAUAUUGUCCAAGAUCAAUCAGUGCUUAAGUAACGAACUAAGUGAACUUUCACCAAAGUGGGUUGUCAAGUACACUGCUGUAAUUAAGGAGCGGGGCGUGAUAGAAAACAAGGGCUACUUUGCACUUGCAUCCAUAACAGAAAAAAUAGGCAGAAAUGAAGCAAAAUUUACCGAUUCAUCUUAUUAG